UGACCACGGUACAAACACAGAGAUACGACAACAACAUUUUGUGUAUUUACAACGUUUAUCGGAGAUAUGUUUCGAAUCAGCCCAAAAUCUAUUAAAGCGGAAAAAUUAAUCGGUUUAGAGAAAUUGAAACAGUGCGAAAAGUGCUAUAGCAAUGGCUCGAAUGUACCUAGACAAGCAGAUGUUGUUAUUAUCGGCGGAGGCAUAGCUGGUUGUACGACAUUCUAUCAGUUAUCCAAGAAGGGGCUAAAGCCUCUUCUUCUCGAACGUUAUAAGGUGACCAGUGGGACCACCUGGCAUACUGGAGGGCUGAUAUGGAGCCUGAGACCUUCCGAUGCGGAAAUUUUAUUGCUUCAAAAGACCGUCGAAAUUUUAAACAAUAUCGAAAAAGAAACAGAUAUCAAUCCGGGUUUCAAACAUACAGGUGGUAUUUUUAUUGCCAGAACUAAGGAGCGACUCGAAGAGUACAAACGUCUCCAUACGUUGGGACACUUCUUCAACAUUGAUAGCAAACUGCUUAGUCCCAAGGAAACGCAAAAACUCUGUCCGAUUCUAGACCCCAACUCAUUUCACGCGGCUCUCUACUCCCUGCCAGAUGGUUAUACCGAUCCCACGAUGUAUUGCAACGCACUGCUCAAAGGUGCUCAGAAAAAUGGUGGACAGCUGAUAGAAGGUGUGUCAGUGACAAACAUAUUCACCGAAGAAUCGACGCAAAGCAUGAAGAAAGUUAUAGGGGUUGGAACCAAUAAGGGAACUAUAAAAACCAACACGGUAGUAAACGCAGCCGGUGCUUGGGGUAGAGCUGUUGCUCACAUGGUGGGAAUGGAUAUACCUAUUCAACCUAUGAAACACAGCUACGUAAUUACGAAUGAUAUACCUGGUGUUCAGGACAGUCCGCCUGUAAGAUGCCACGACGGUAAUAUUUAUUUCCGACCACAAGGCGCUGGCAUUUUACUCGGGGGAUACGAAAUGAAUCCUGAGUUACUCAGAGAGGCACCCGAAGAUUUCGAUUUUAAAUUAUUCGAAUUGGACAAAAGUUUAUUCGAGAUACACUACAAGAACGCGGUGAAAUUAUGUCCCGUUUUGGAAAAUACCGGUAUCAAGACGGAUAUCUGUGGACCCGAAAGUUUUACCCCGGAUCACAAACCAAUAGUCGGCGAAGAUCCGAGAGUUGUAGGUCUUUAUCACAAUGCUGGUUACAACUCUAGCGGAAUGAUGCUCAGCGGUGGCGUUUCGGAACAACUAGCUAUAUGGAUAGCGACCGGACGUCCCUUAAUAAAUAUGCAUUCUUUUGACAUCCGGAGAUUCUCGCAAGUUCAAAGGAGAAACCGUCCAUGGAUCACCGAGACUAGCCACGAGAGUUAUGGGAAAAACUACAGCAUCGUUUAUCCUUACGAUCAAAGAUUGUCCGGCAGAAAUUUAAGAAUUGACGCUUUUCACGAGCAAUUGGUAGCGAGCGGUGCGGUCAUGGAACAAGCGUUGGGAUGGGAAAGGCCAGCUUAUUUUAUACAGGAAGAUCGUACUGCGCCCGUUAGAGGAUACGAUUGGUACGGGUACUACGACCAUAAUCGGAACAGUGACCAAAGAUACGAGAAAGAAAUCGAGAAAGAUUUGACUUUUGAUUUCUCGGAACACCACGAUUUGAUAAAGGAGGAAGCGUUAGCGUGUAGAAACAACGUAGCACUGUUCGAUUUGUCCUGUUACACUAAAAUGUAUUUGACCGGUCCGGACGCAGAGCAAGCUGCCGAUUGGCUGUUCACUUCCAACUUGAGCAACCAACCGGGAAAAGUAUCAUAUACGCUUUCGUUAAACUCUAAGGGAGGUAUUGAAGCCGAUAUCACGGUAACCACUUUAGAAGAGGGAGGUGGGACUUUAGUAGGACCAAUUCUAAAAGGGAAAGGUUACUAUGUGGUAGCAGGAGGAGUGUCAGGUUAUCAAACAAAAUGUCACUUGAGGAAGCAGUUGCAUAAGAAAAAUUUUAAAUCAUACCUUACGGAAAUCAGCGAAAGGUUGGGAAUAUUAUCGAUUCAAGGCCCAAAAAGUCGAGAGCUGCUCCAAGCUGCCACAGACUUUCCGAUAACAGACGAUCGUUUUCCGAUGGGAAUGUCCCAUAUCGUGAAAGUUAAUGGACACACUUGUAGAGCUAUGAGGAUUAGCUAUGUGGGAGAAUUGGGAUGGGAACUUCACGUUCCUGUUGAUUAUUGCGUGUCAGUAUUUAACAAAGUCAUGGAGGCCGGCAAGGGAUUCGACCUCAAACACGCCGGAUUCAGAGCAUUGGACGCUUUAAGUAUGGAGAAAGGAUACCAUCUAAUGAAUACUGAUAUUAGAGUUGAUGAUAACCCGGUAGAAGCUGGUCUGACGAAGUUUUGUAGAAAAGAUGGUCUUUAUCAAGGGAAAUCUGUUGUAGAAAAGCUGAAACAGACAGGAUUAGCGAAAAAAAGGUGUUUUUUUGUCCUCCAUGACCACGUUGCACUUUACGGACUGGAAACGAUCUGGAGAGACGACCAAAUUGUAGGGUACUUAAGAAGGGGAGGUUAUGGAUUCUUCCUCGAUUCUCCUAUAGGAAUUGGGUAUGUAUCUCAUCCUAAGGGCAAAACAGUGGAUAACGAAUUUUUGAAAACUGGCGAGUACCAAAUUGAAGUGCGAAAUAAAAAGUAUCCUGCAACCCUUUACAUAAACAGUCCGUUUGAUCCCAACAACCAACGAUUAUUGGGACGCUACGAGCAACUGUUCGAGGAGCAAGCUCAUUUUGAAGACUGAUUUGGUGUGACGUUGUAAUUAUAAACUUACUCUAACUUAAUAUUUAUAUUUCAAAUAACAAAAUAUUAUCUAAAAGACAGAAAAUAAAAACAAUUUUUUAUUAGUGUUUCGAUGUUGCAUUUGACUAUGCUAGAUAGUCAGGUUCAUUGGGUACCAAAUAGCAACCUCGAAACAAAGAAGUCGAAACUGGUAGCCAUGAUAAACAAACAUUUAUGCUAGCUUGCUUAUGAAACCUGGAAUUAGAAUUAUCAUAACUGGUUAUUUCAUACAACAGCUUGGAUAUGUCUUUGGUCGUAUUUAUUAAACCGACACGCCCAAAAAUUACAGGGCCAAUAAAUUAGGAAAACACCCCGAUUCUGGACCGGUAUUGAGGUGCAGUAAGAAAAAUAAAAAGUAAAGACAAAAACUGAAAACUCUACCCCUGUCAAAAUUGCGAAUGAUUACCCGCUCUUUUAGCGAUAGAAUUAUUAUACU